AUGUCAUCUAAAGAAUAUGAUCCUUUUUUUUUCGUGAAAAAUCAUGUAACUGAUGUUUUGCAGUAUGAAAAUGAUAAAUGUCCUACUAAUCAAUGUUAUACACAGCCACCGCCCCAAUAUCCACAACAGUCAUACUGUCCACAGGCUUAUCAAGGCGGUUACCCAUGCCCUCCCCCUCCUAAUACUUAUGGUUAUUGCAAUAAUUAUUAUCCUCAGCAGCAACCAGUUUAUGCUCAGCAACAACCCUCUACAAGUCAUGCAACAACGGGGUGUCUUGCAUGUCUUGCGGCUUGCUGUGCAUGUUGUAUGCUUGAAGAAUGUUUACGCUAA